UCUUUUUUUGUUGGAUAGUGAAAGAAAAUAUGAAGAUGAAUAAUAGCAUAAUUAUUCUGCUUGCACUUCUAUGUGCUUCACUUUUUCUUGUUUCAGCUCUUGCAGUUGAUGAGAUUAAAGCAGCAAAUGAAGGCCAACUAAAUGCUGAAACACAAGGCCACGGGGGCGGUGGAGGCCACGGUCAUGGUGGCGGUAGUCAUCAUGGUGGUGGUGGCCACGGUGGUGGUGGUCAUCAUGGCGGUGGAGGCCAUGGAGGUGGAGGUCAUGGUGGUGGAGGUCACGGACGCGGUGGUCAUGGAGUCAACCACCCUUAAAUGAAGAACAUGGUCGUAGAUCAAAGAAUUUCGAAUUAAACUACGUACUCCAUCAACUUUUUGUAAUUUAGUCGAUAAUAAAAACUAUGUACGUACGUUUUUAAUUUGAAGUUCUAGCAUAGCAUAAUGAAGUGGCAUGUGUUAUGUGUAAUGAAAAAGAUAUAGUAAAAUGAAAUAAAUACCAGUAUUUUCCUUUUUCGA